CCCAGUAUAGCUGAUUCUAAAAGCGCAAGGGAAUCUUAAUGAUAAAGCUCUCUGUAGCGCACAGUUUGAGUCUGGAAAGCCGCAGCUCGGCAUUGUUACUUAUAUUUUCGUGUGUGUGUGUGUGUCUGCUUUGCAAAUUAGAAUUGUAAAUUUGCGCAUCAGUUGCUGGAUCUAGUUGGGGGUAUAUAUAGCAAACAGGUUGAGCCGAUGGGCUUUAGUCGAUCCGAAGAUCCAAUAAACAAAAGAUGCGUCACGCCUGGGCAAUAGUUGGUCUGAUGUUGCUGCUGUUGCAGCUGGUGAUGUCGCACAAAUUGAGCGAGCCGGUGUGCACCUACCGCAACGCCGAGGACGAGACGGUGUUCCUCAAGUAUUUGCCGUUGCUGAAGAAGGGCCAGGACUACGUUGAUUUCGGCAAGGAGGGCAAGUGCCUGAAGCGCGCCAUCUGCUCGGACACGUUCAAGACCGUCGUCGAGGAAUGCAGCGACCAGAAAGUCACCUGCCACAACAAGCAGCGCUACACAGGCGUCUUUCCCGCCUGCUGUGUCAAGUGCCCCUAGACAGCUGCUACAUCAAUCGAUUCCAAUAUUAAUCAAUCAAGUUAUCAAUCCACAGCUAGACAAUCACUAUUGUGCUUAGCAUUCAACACAAAUAUGCAAUAAAUUUUUGUCUUUUAUCUCAAAA